AUGCCUUCCGUACCUAGGCAUACUGGGAAGACUAGGUCUAAGGGCCCGGCAACGCGUAGCACACGCUCUAGACUGGCAGCUUGUGAGGCAGGAUUCAAUGCUGAGAAUCCUGCCAUCAGCUCCCAUCCCAGGUUCAUCAAUCUUGGCCACGAGGCUGGCAUGGCGGCGAUGCCUCAGCCCGGCAGGCAAGCUGCUGUGGGAGGAUUCUGGGCAGACAUGCGCGAAUCUCUGAUGACUGUGUGGGCCCACAAACGUUUUGGGGUGCUCAUUCUCCUUAUCUGUGCCUUACUGCUGUUUUGUUAUUUCCUGAGCUCUGGUGCUGAUAACCAGUAUCUGGAAGAAACAUCUUUCUGGGAAGCUGUCUCAAAUUUUUUCUUUCCAACAACCUGCAUCAUAAGGGAGGAUCAAGAAGUAAAGGCUUGCAAUGAGAAGCAAAAUCUUAGCAAGGGUAAAUGUUUGAGACUCAAGUGCUGUUAUUCACCGUUCAGGACUGAUCUGAGAUGUUUUGCCCCAUUAAGAGAUAAGCCUUUGCAGAUGGUCCGAAUGUUUGGAUUUGGAGUGAUCAGCAUGAUAAUCCUGGCAUGCCUGCCCAUUUAUUGCUGCUCUCUUUUCUGGAGGAGGUAG